ACACCUUGAACUCUCUAACUAACUGUUUGGAAAACAAAUAUUUUCGAUCCAAGUCUAAAAAUUUGUAUAGAAUAAUUUCAUACUUUAAAUGCGUCCUAUUCAUAUUAUUCUUCUUUUACAAGCUUUUAUUUGUGUCACCAUUAUUCAAUCAGGUGCUCCACCUUUCCCAACUCCAGAAGACGAUGAGAGCUUAUUCAGAGCAAUGUUUGAAGCACAAGAUAAAUAUCGACAAGAUAACUACAGAAGACGGCCACGUGAAUUCGAGUCCGAGGAUUGGGGUUUAUGUGAGGAGAAAUAUAAAUGGCCAGUAUGUUGUUUGUGGUCCGAUAAGAAGAAAUUUAGAAGAGGAACCUCAGAUUGUCAGAAUAUAAAAGGAGAUGUGAUUUUGGAAAAUAAUAAGGAUGCGAACUUAUUCCAGAGUAUGAUAGAAAUCCGUCAAAUACAAGGAAGUCUUGUUUUGAGAAACACCACCAUCCUUGCUUUUGGACUUCCUAAUCUUAACAAUAUUGGAUUUUCCGGCGAUUCAAAUGUCAAAAAUCGUCCGAAAGCUUCAUUGGUGAUUGAAAAUAACCUUUUUUUGAUUCAAUUACAGUUUCGUCAACUCGAGAAAAUUGUUAAGCAUAAGUCCCAAAGGCAUAUUAUUAUCGAAGGAAAUCAAAAAAUAAAAGUCGAUCCAAAACAGUAUAACAUUUUUAAAAAGGUGACAAACAAUAGCACAGAUUUUGAGCGAUUCCAGCCACCUAAAGAAUAUAUUGUUCGUUCAAAAAUAUACGAAUUGUGGCCAUAUGUUCUUCUUUCUAUUCUGCUCAUCAUUGUUUUCACUCAUCAUUUUAUUAUGCUGGAAGUCAAUGAGCAUCGUGUGAAGAAAAAGGAGCAAGAAAUGAUUGAUUGCUUGAUGAAAAUGAGAGAUUCAACUCUGGCAGCCGAGCUACUACUACAAACUCCAAAUGAUGUCACUUUAGCGUUCGACACUGAUGUUCUCCACUUGUGCACCGAUCAGGUUAAACUCAUGAAACAGAUUGAGAAACUGUUGAAUGAAAAUAAGGUAUUCAAGGAUGAAAGUAAGGACGAGACUUCAAUAGUUAAAUGAUUGUGGAUACUUUUAAUAGCUUUCAUUAUUUGUUUCAAAUAAAAGUGUUUUUA